AAAGACAAGUGCCACAAGGUCAGGUCACCGUCCGUCAAGUUGUGUCCUUGCCUUAGCAAGCUAUCAUAUCACUGUAUAUUACUCCUGACAACCGUCUCGAGACGUUAAGCAUCACGUGCAUUGAACACCACUGUGACACAGCAUCACUUGUCUUUAACUUGAACAUUGAACCGCCAAGUGACUUAGAACAAUAGUUUUUACCUCUUCAAGCUUCAUUGUUUAUCCGGGUUGGCAUUCUGCCGAGUGGCCAAAAGGUGUGUGUGGUCCACACUCACACCUAAUUAGGCGAUGAACAAUGCAAUAUUUUAGUGUGGUUCCUGCGGGGCUGUAUAAAUAUUAGCGGCCAUCUUCAUUUUCUCUGAAGAACAUACUUCGACUGGCGAAGGUGUUGCUCCACCAACCGUACACUCAACACCACUCCGUCCGAGGCCAGAAAGAAAACCCCACAAAGAUAACCAUCGUAGAGACCUUGGCUUGGAAAUGAAUCCGCGUUGGGUACAAGCUCCGUAUAACACGUUCAUGGAUCCCACGUAUGUGCCCGGUCGUGACCCGACCCCUGAAGAGGCUGCUGCUUUUUUGGAGUUCACCGCUGAGGAUCUCAACGUCACGAAAGAAACGAGUCUCUAUGCUCCAUUGUGUAAGGUCAUGCAAUCGGCUUUACCCGAGGGAACUCUCGUAUGCAAGGACACGGGCGACUGGCCUGAAGGAUCAGACCUUCCGACUUCCACCUCUGCAGUGCGAACCGGCGACGGUCCCGGCCGCCGCAAGACUGAUAUCUGUUUUUACGAGGAUGACCCAGUGGUACUUGGUGCGACAACAGUCAGGUGGACCACAGUCACAGAUACCGACCGCGUCGCUAACAUGGCACGGGUCAUCUGGGCUCAAAUGGUUGCUUUCCUAGAAGCUAAGGUCAACGUAGCCGCCUUCGGUAUGGGACCAGACCAGGAUUUCUUACCCACGUCCGUAGAUGCGACUGACAUACGGGGUCAAAUGGCGGAGUAUGCUGCAGAGAUUCUCGUUCAACAGCACCGCACGCAUGUCUUUAUGAUCUAUGUGCACAAGGACAGAGCUCGCCUAGCCCGAUUUGACCGUGCUGGUUGUGUCAUCUCGGACUCCUUCAACCUCGUCACUGAGUCCAAGAAGUUACUCAAUUUUGUCUUUCGGCUCGGCCAAAUGACUCGUUCCGAACGCGGAUAUGAUGAUACGGUGGAGUUAGCCUCCGAUAUGGAAGUUGGACUCAUGAAGAACCACUUACCUUCGUCUGAUGAUCAAACCCGAAUGGCCGCCCAUAUUCGGGACGCGUUGGCGACGCCUGGAUAUCCCAUUCAUAAAGUUAUUGCUCCGGGCAAGGAGGGAGAGGCGGCGCAACAUUUUCUAAUUGGGAGGCUUCGCGCGGGAAGUCGGUACCCAACUGGUCGCGGCACCAAAGGUUUCAUUGCGUUCGACCUGCAAAAACCGCGUUUUGUCUUCAUCAAAGACGGGUGGCGAUUGGACUCCGGCCAGGUCUCCACUGAAAUGCACUUUUACGAUAGAUUAGCGAAAAACCAUGUUCGCAAUGUGCCCACAGUACUGUGCGGAGGGGAUAUCGGAACACCUAUUCAACAAACGAUCACCCAGUCUUUCCUUACGUCUGAGUCUACGGUAAAAUUCUCGCCUCGUAUCCAUCAUCGCAUUGUUUUCGAGGAAAUUGGUAUCCCGCUGGAAGAACACAAUAGCUCACAGGAGCUAUGUAAAGUGGUUUACGACAGCAUCUUAGCUCACAAGGAUGCUUACGAGAGAGCUGGGAGCCUGCACCGCGACAUCAGCGGCAGCAACAUUCUCAUUAUUCCUAACGAUACCGAACCACGGCAGUCUAAGGGUAUACUUAUCGAUUGGGAUCUGGCGAAGACCAUCGAACAGCUCAAGAUGCUACCUACCCAGUAUGAACGUUCGGGCACUUGGUAUUACCUCUCUGCGCUGCUCUUGAACUAUCCGAAGAAGCCAUACGAACUUUCCGACGAUCUCGAGUCUUUUGUACACGUUAUCAACCUACAGAAUCUUCGUUUCAGAAAGCACGAUAAGACAUCCAACGACGGAAAGCUCAAAUUCAAGCUUUCGAAGCUCCUCUACGAUGUGUAUCAAGAGUCCACCAUUGUUGACGGUUUCCACGUCGGUAGCGAGUACAAGCUACAGCAAAUGCAAAAUGGCAUACCGCCUUACAAGCUCCUUGAGGCCAGCAGCAUGCUAAAUCUAGUGACGCGCCUAAUGGAGAUGUGCAAGGAACACUACGCUGCUCUGGAUCUUGUGGAUGUCGAGAAGAAUUAUGGCGUGAAAAGGACCGACAUUUCUAUUGAAGCGCCCUCUUAUGUACCUAUGGAUCUGCCAGUGCCGGAGUUGGAUGAACCAGAUUUAGAAACCCAACCUCUACCCCUACCUCCUCCGCCGAAGAGAGUUCUUAACACUCACAAGAGAAUAGAGAGGAUUUUCGCAACAACACUAAUCGAAGGUCGAUGGGUUCCAAAAGACAAGGAGCAGGACCAAUUUCUCGGUCUACCUUACGCCGGCCCACGUGCAGAGACAGCGCGAGGAUCAUGCGCUCCCAGUGGAGUGACCACCGGAAGUAAACGCCAGUCUAACCAGGCUCCCGAGGAAACCUCAGGAGUCAUGAAGAAGCGGAAGACAGCCGAAGGCUAGGCGGUGCUUCUUCCGGGUCGCUGCUGAGAGUUGUACGUAGUCGAAUAUUGUUCUCUCAUAGGCGAUAACCCGAGGCUACGAGUGUAUACGCAUGGUAGAAUGCUGUACUUCUUUUCCUCAAGCUUCCAAAGUUUGCAUGAGUUGUACCGUGAUGUUGCGAUAUACGAUGUAUAUAUACAUUAUCCACACAUGUAGUCGAGCCUGAAUCGAGUCGCAAUGAUCGUUGUCCA